UUGACGAAGAAAGAAGAGAAAAUAAGAAAACCCAACUCAUUAAGCAAAAUCGGAUCUUCUUCUUCUCUUCCUCUCUCGCUGUAACUAGAAGAUGGGAUUAUUCUCUAACAAAAUCUCCAGAGAUGAACUCAAGGCAGGAGAUCACAUCUACUCAUGGCGUUCUUAUAUCUACACCCAUCACGGAAUCUAUAUGGGCGAUGGGAAAGUCAUUCAUUUCACUCGCAGAGGUGGUCUAGAGAUUGGAACCGGAACUUUCUUAGACAAAAUCAUCGAAAUUUCAGCUCCAAACCGAAACCCAUGUCUUAACUGUGGAGAUCAAUCGAAUCUCGAAGGUGUAAUCUCUUCUUGCCUUGAUUGCUUUCUCGCCGGAGGAAACCUCUAUCUCUUUGGUUACAAUGUCUCCAAGGCUAUCUUUCUCGCAAAACAACGAGGUGGUACCUGCACAACAGCAACUUCAGAUUCCCCUGAAGAAGUCGUGUCCCGUGCGAAAUUCCUCUUAUCGAGUAAUGGGUUUGGUGUCUACGAUCUCUUAGACAACAACUGUGAAGAUUUUGCAAUCUACUGCAAAACUGGUUUGCUCGUGUUGUCAAUCACCAAGCUGGGAAGUAGUAGCCAAGCCAAUUCGGUGUGUGCGGCGGGUGGUGUUGUGUCUUUGACACUCAAGGUUUUAGGUGUCGGAAGGAGUGGUCAAGCAGCUUUGAUGGCGUCUCCGGCUUCGGUGGCAUCUGCUGCGAGCAAUGUUCUUUCUUCGACGCUUGGUUAUGCAGUCACUGGUUUUGGUGCUAUGGCUUUGGCUGGAUAUGGUAAUUACUGUAUUGGUCGUCUGGUUUACGACGUUGGUGUGAGAAAAGAUGUUCGUAAGGUACCUGUGGAAGAGCUCGUUGUGAUUCUUGCAACCAUGAAAGGCAAAUUGGACAAUAACAACAACAAUAACGACAACGACAAGAAGUGUAAAAUUACUUAGCAGUUGUUUUGGAUUCCGGCUUGGGACUAAUUGUUGAGUAGAAGAGUUUUAUGCUUUUGCUUUGUUUGUAUUGUGGUGCCUGUAUUAUUAACUAUCUAUCAGAUAAGAAAAUGCUGUUAAUAACAUUAUCAUUGUCUCCGUUUGAUCAAAAAAAGAAAAGAAAAAGAAAAA